UAUUCUUGUUUUAUACUCAUUGAAAUAUGAUAAAUUAAAAUUAAAAAAAUAACAACAAAAUAAAUAAUAUUUUUUUAUCAAUCACUAGUUAUUUAACAUGUUAAAAAAAUUAUUGUUUUUUAAUUUGUCAUCAUUAUUCAGGUAGUUAUUUAUAAUUUAUCAUAACAAUUGCUUCACGCUUCAUUUUUUUUUUUUUUUCUUGUCCACAUUACAACUCCAUUUGUGACGCACAUUGGCUAGGUCAACAUAUAAAUUCUAGUGAACAUAAUAAUUUAAAAAAACCAAACAAUUGUUUAAAAUAUUUUUAUAGUACAUGUGAAAAUCUGCAACAAGUUUAUCAUGUUUAAAUAAAGAAAACAAUUCAACAUUAAAAUAAACCAACAUCAUCAAACAAUAAUUGAAAAAGAAAAUUUCGAAAAAACCAUGAAUUCAAAUAAUCAAAAUAAAGAAAUUUGUAGUGGCUUUGAUAAUGAAGAUGAUGAUGUAUCAGAAAUAAAUGUUGAUGAACAAUUAGAUAACGAAAAACCAUGUAAAUCAACAAAAAUACAAAAUGGUAUUCAUGAAAAUUACAAAGUAAAUAACAACAUUGAUAUUGAUGAUGAUGAAGAUAAUAAAAUACCAAUUAAAACAAAUGGUUCAUCAUCAAGAAAAGAUGAUAAUUUAACAAUGACAAAUAUAAAUAUAUUAAAAAAUAAUUCAUCAUCAUCAUCAUGUUCAUUUGAUAAUACAAAUGAUCAACAUGAUGAUGCUGAAAUACGUAAUAAUGUUGAUUAUAUUUGUGAUAUUAAUAAAUGUCCACCAAAAGUAUCAUGUAGUACAAGUCCAGAUGCGGAUUGUACAUGGUCAAAUAAAAUUAAUUUAUCAUCAGAUACAAUAUUAAAUAAUAUUGGUGGUAGUAUUGGAUCAACAAGUCAAGGUACUUGUUGUUUUUUAAGACCAAAUAUUAAUGGAAAUAAAGAUGGUGCUGGUCCAAGUGGUCUUCAAAGAAGAGAACAAAAUCAAAGACGUGAUUCAAGUUCUGGCAAUGAGGGUGAUAUGUCAGAUGGUGAAGAUUAUUGUAUUUAUACAUACAAAGGUAAUGAUCAAGCACCACCAGAAGAAAGAAUUAAUCAUGCAAAUUUACGUGAACAAGAAGCUGCUGCUGCUGGACAACCAUUAAGUGGUCGUUCAAGUCCUGAUAUGGAUUUUCUUGAAAUGGAUUUUGAUCCAGGACCAUCUUGUGAACAGGAUACUGGUGAUAGUGAUUUAGCUUCAAUAAAUGAAGACAUACAAAAUAUUGCACUUGAUAAUGUUGAAUCUGAUCCAAUAUUUUUAAAUGAUUUAAGUAGUGGAAGAGUUGUAUCAAGACAAAGUACAACACCAACAUCACCAAUUCCACGACAAAAUGAUAUUAAUGUUUGUAUUGAUAUUGAUAAUCAUAUUAAUAAAGAUACACAAGAAUCAAAUGAAUAUUAUAAUCAAUCAUCAAUAUUACAAUGUCAACCAAGUACAAGUUCUGGUAUUCGUAAACCUGGUAAUUUUAAUUAUCAACGUAAAAUUGAUUUACCAUCAAGUGAAUCAUUAUGUUUUCAUAAAACAAGUGGUGAUUUAAUAUCACCUGGUGAAAAUCAUGAUACUGAUUUAGAAAUUUGGAAUGAUAUUAAUACACCACCAUUACCAGAUAAUAAAACAUUAUUAAAUUCAUGUAAUAUUAAAAUUAAUUUAAGCUCAACACUUUAUCAUCGUAUGAUGGCUAAAAAACUUAUGUUAAAUAAACAAACUGCUUUUAAUCAAAGUGGUGAUUCAAAUUUGGAUAAUGACAUUUGCAAUGAAAGAGUUGAUGAUCUUGAGCCAAUUGAAAAAAUUAUGAUAUGGACUGAACAAGAAGCAAUUAUAAAACAAGUUACACAAAUUGGUACAUCAGCAUGUGGAGCAACAUCAGCAAUAAAUGCACUUUUGGCUUUGGAUGUACCAUUUUCAUUUGAAGUAUUGGUUAAAAGUGUAGCUACAAGAUUACGUGAACGUGGUAGUCCAUUACCAAGAUAUUUAAUGAGUAGAUCACAAGCUGGAGCAACACAUAAUGAUAUUAUACGUGGUUUAACAUUAGCAUCAAAUGGUGCUGUUGUUUCAAGAUUUUUUUCAUUUUAUCCUGAAAGAGAUAUAUCAUUGACACACUGGUUGCACUACUGGAUAUCAAAAGGUGCUGUACCAAUAGCAACUUUAAAUUUACAAAAAUGUGAAAAAGACAAUAAAAUACCAGAUGCUUGGCAUCAUCAAAUGAUAUUUGGUGUUAAUUCAAAUGGUAUUUAUUUUGCAAAUCCACUUGGAUGUGUUCCUGUACAGUAUGUUUGGCAUCAAUUGACAAGUCCAAGUGUGUUGUUGAUACGUAGAGCUGAUGUACUGGCUCAUUGGGAUUCAACAACUGAUUUAAUACCUCUAACACAAUUUGAUUAUCGUUGGCGAAAGUUUAAUGUUCUUGGACAAGUUGUGAAUAUGAUACGUGAAGCAAAUGAUCAAAGACGACAACCAGAAUCACGUGUAACUGGACCAAGCCAUAUUCGUAUACCUGCAUCAUAUAAAUCUGGUAUAACACUUGUUAUAAAAACUGACUCACCAGCUGCUGAUGAACUUUUACAAACUGAUGAACUUCCCUUGCUUCCGUAUCAAUGAUUUACAGCAAAGGAAAUUAUUAAAAUAUCAAAAAAUAUUAUAUAUAAAUAGUUAAAAAAAGAUAAUUAAAUAUAAUACAUUGAUUUUAAAAAUAAAAUAUAUCAUUUUUAAAUAGAUAAGCGUGGUUAAAUUUAGUUUAUACCAGAAUAUAUAGUUUUUCAUUUAAAUGAAAUUACUAGUGCUCACUAUUUAUUAACUCAGGUUCUUCAACGAAUAAUAUUAAACUUAAAAAAAAACAAAAUAAUAACGAAAAAUAACACAGUACUUUAUCAUUUAUUACGACUAUGUAUAUUAAUUGAUAAAAAAAAAAAAAUUAAAGACAGUUAAAAAUACAAAGAAAAUGAUUGAUAAUAAACAAAUUACAAUCAUGAUAAAUUAUUUUUUUGUUUUUUUUAAAAAAAAAAACAAAAAAUGGUUUUUAGAUUUGAAUAAAAAUGUAUUUUU